CUACUAUUGUGGUGGACUAGAUUUCCAGUAGUAAUAGUCUGUGUAUGACUCGUUUGUGCUAUCACGAUUCUCGUUCUUGUUAUUAAUAGCUGGUUUCCGUGUAGGGUGUAAAAUAGCGUUCUUCUGUUGAUCAGUUGGGCCUGAGGUAAACUGCGGUUCCUAGUCGCACAGAGCUCCGGUAAUAGUGGCAAGUAAUCUGAGCUUUUGCUGGUAGCUCCUACUGAUCUCUGUUACCACUGAAUUGUAAGCUAUCAAUAAUGAAGGGUGCGGAAAAUCCAAAUGAACUAUGCGUCGAAACACAAACACGGUUAAAAGAUUUAUUUCAUAAACUGGAUGUAGACGGAGAUGGUCGAAUUGACGUGAAGGAUCUAACCGCUGGCUUGCAAAAGCUCGGUUUGCCCCAUUCGACCGAUAACGCCAAAAAGUUCAUCGAAUCUUCAGAUCUGGCCCGCGACGGAGUUGUGGACUUCCAGGAGUUCGCGCAGUAUGUCCUUGAACAUGAGAGGAACCUCAAGCUUGUCUUCAACAAGAUCGACGAGAACGCUGACGGCCACAUUGAUGAAGAGGAAAUUAUGUCAUCGUGUCGGAAGCUGGGCAUCAAUAUUGAUCAGGCGGAGGCGCACCGACUUCUUAGAAGAAUGGAUAAAGAUGGCUCUCUGACGAUCAACUUCGAGGAGUGGCGGGACUACCUAUUGUUUCAUCCAACCUCUGAUUUGCACGAAAUUAUUUCUCUGUGGAGGCAUCAUUCCGUUAUGCUAGACGUCGGUGAGGACGCACUAGUCCCAGACGACUUUACAGAAGCCGAGUUGCGGGAUGGCAUCUGGUGGCGACAUCUAGUGUCAGGAGGAGUUGCCGGUAUGGUCUCACGAACAUGCACAGCACCCCUUGAUCGUACGAAGCUCUAUCUUCAAGUUCAUGGCAAAGAAUGCGGUUCAGCGUGGAACUGCUUACAAAUACUUAAAAAAGAAGGCGGCAUUCGUGGUCUUUGGCGCGGCAAUGGAAUAAAUGUGAUGAAAAUUGCUCCAGAAUCCGCUUUGAAAUUUCUAACUUACGACCGAUUAAAAAACAUCAUUCGGGUAAGUGUUGUUUGACAUAGGACUACUAUAAAACGCUUGAAGCUAGAAAGCAAUUGACAUGU